UGCCCACAAUUUUUAAUUAAGUGAUUGUUUAAAUAAAGAGUGACGAAAACCGUGAGAACUGGAAAUUAUUCCGGCGAAAAUCUGAAGGAAUUUUUACCUUCAGGUCACGAGUGCCUCUGGGGAAAUUAACAAUGAAAUUGUGGAAUUUUUCAAAGCGCGGGCCGCUGUCGGUCUAUCGAGAACGCGCAUCAAUCGAUUGGAGAUCAUUAAAAUUGAAUCUCUUCGGAUCAGAGGCCCUUGAGUACCAGGAUAAGCUUUACCGAUUUAUAAAGAACACUCCGGAAUUCGCGAGACCGACGAAACCCUGGACUCUGGACGAGCAGAGGAGACAAUGCUUCAGACAAAGUGCUCUUCUCCUGAAAAAUGAUUUAAUCGAAUCGGUAUCUGGACAUCUGAAUUUCUGUCUUGCUUACGACUCGUCGCCGCCGAUCGUCUCAGGGAUCAUGUUCGCCAUGGUGCCAGCGACGAUCUACUCCCUGGGGACAGAUCGCCAUUUUGAGCUGAUGUCGAAAUUUCGGGAGAAUGAACUGCGAGGAUGUUUUGCAUUGACCGAGGUAUCUCACGGGACAAAUGUCAAAGGAAUGAGGACAACAGCGACGUACGACGUGGAGUCCAGGACUUUUAUUAUUAACACACCGGAUUUUGAGGCAGCGAAAUUCUGGAUCGGCGGUUUAGCUAAACAGGCGACUCACGCCCUCGUCUUCGCGCAAUUGCGAACCCCAGACAACGCCUCCCAUGGACUGCACAUAUUCGUGGUACCGAUCCGAGACCCAGAGACGAUGCUGACGUUCCCGGGCAUCACCAUCGGUGAUUUGGGUGAGAAAAUCGGUCUGAACGGCGUCGACAACGGCUACGUAAUGUUCCAUAAUUACAGAAUACCUAGAGAAAAUUUGUUAAACAAAAUGGGAGAUGUGACGCCCGACGGAGAUUACGUGUCACCAGUGAAGGAUCAAAGCAAACGAUUCGGUGCAUCACUAGGUGCAUUAUCCCUGGGCCGAGUGAACAUCACGAAUAUGUGCGCUUUGUACUGUUCCUUGGCGAUGGUCAUCGCUACGAGGUAUUGCGCGGUGCGAAAACAAUUCGGACCAUCGGCGAAUGAGGAAUGGCCGGUCAUCGAAUAUCAGUCACUUUACGGACGGUUGAUGCCGUGGCUGGCGGUUACGUACGCCAUUGAAAUAUUUUCCAGAGGAUUCCUGAAAAGGACUGCCGAGUUCCAGGGGAAGAUCCUCCAGGGGGAGAGGCGGGACGAUCUGGCUGCUGAGGGUCUUGAAAUUCAUGCGUUAUCAUCAGCAGCUAAACCAUAUUGCGCAUGGAUAGCUAGAGAUGCUAUUCAAGAUUGCAGAGAAGUUUGUGGGGGCAUGGGGUAUCUCAAGGUCGCACGAUUGGGUGAUUUACGGGCUGAUCAGGAUGCCAGUUGCACCUAUGAGGGAGAGAAUAAUGUAUUGAUUCAGCAGGCCAGCAAUUGGCUGUUGGGAUUUUCCAGGAAUUUUUAUGAGAAACGGGAAAUCUUCUCGCCUCUUGGUACCAUUGGAUUUCUGUCGCGUGGGGAGGAAAUCCUUGAGGAGAAAUUUAGGGCCAGUUCUUGGGAAGAUGCUGUUGACCUUCAGAAUAUUGUCAGGGCUCUUCAGUGGUUGGUGUGUCAUUAUUUCAACGCAACUUACAGACGCGUGGAGAAUCUCAAACGACAAGGGAAGAAUCAGUUCAUCGUCAGGAAUGAAUCGCAAACAUUCUUCGCUCGUUCGUUGUCGCUGGUUUAUGCAGAACACGCAGUUUUCCGGAAAUUUUAUAAUACAUUGAGCGAUGAAAAAUGGGGGAGUAAUGAGCGAAGGGUUCUGCAAAAAUUGUGUGCCCUGUAUGGAGCUUCUGUUUUGGAGAGAAGACUUGGGGAUUUGUACGCUGGAGGGUAUGCCGAUCCCUCGUCGAAGAUGGAUGAAUAUCUGAGAGAAGGGAUUAUUAAUUUAUCGAGGGACCUCGUUGAUGAGGCAGUGGCCCUCGUCGAUGUCCUGGCACCUCCUGACUUCAUCCUGAAUUCACCCCUCGGCGUGUCCGAUGGAAGAGUCUACGAACACCUCGAGGAAGCCUUAAAACGGAAUCCCGAGAACUUUGAGAGACCCGUCUGGUGGAGGGACAUGGUCCAAUCAAAGCUGUGAUUUAAAAUCUUAAUUAUUUUAUUUUACUCCAUUUUACCAUUAUUUUUUAUUUUUAAUACUCAUUCAUUCAAAAAUCUCAACUGCAAGUUUUCAAUUCGC